AUGUGUAUUGAUUACCGGCAAUUGAACAAGGUUACAAUCAAGAAUAAGUAUCCGCUGCCGAGGAUUGAUGAUUUGUUCGAUCAGCUUCAGGGUGCCAGGGUAUUUUCAAAGAUUGACUUGAGAUCUGGCUACCAUCAGUUGAGGAUUAGGGUAUCCGAUGUCCCUAAGACAGCUUUCCGCACUCGAUACGGGCAUUAUGAGUUCUUGGUUAUGUCAUUCGGGUUGACAAAUGCCCCAGCAGCCUUCAUGGAUUUGAUGAACCGAGUGUUCAGGCCUUAUUUGGAUUCGUCCGUGAUAGUCUUCAUUGAUGAUAUUUUGAUAGAUUCUCGCAGCCGGGAGGAGCAUGAGCAGCACCUUAGAGUGGUUCUUCAGACUCUGAGAGAUAGCCAGUUAUAUUCUAAGUUCUCAAAGUGCGAGUUCUGUAUUUAUAGACAAUACGUGAAUGUUGUGACACCGGCUUUUGGGUAG